UUCUGCAAUCAAUACAACCAAAUGGAAGUAUCAAAUUCGGCUAGUAAGAAACGUUCACUCGAUUCUUCUAUACAUAUGCUGCUUAACGAAAAUAAAAAUAAAAGCCGCAAAGCAUUUCAAUCUAAAAGAUGUGGGGGUUCUUUUGAUAGAAAAUUAACAACAGGAAUUUUUGGGUCUAAAUAUUCAACGUCUUUUCAUUCUGGAGGAAAUAAUAAUGUCAAUAGCAGCUUUCCUAUUCCACCGGUAUUUCCAAAAACAUGCUCUCUUUUUGAUUCCACCUUUAAUGGAGGUGCUUUUACCGACCGCAAUGAAGAUAAAAAAUUAAUGGAGGCGCUUAUGGAUGUUCGAUUAAAAUUGCAAAAUAUGAAGAAGAAUGAACCUCGAAAUACGGAAAACAAGAGCGAAACAACACUAGAAGAAUUAGCUAAUCUCUCUUCUGAUAGCGGAAAUUCUUCAAUUUUUGUUGAUUCAACACAAAGUACCUUAAAUUCGAAAAAUGAAUUUUAUUGUAAAACUUCAUCUUUAUUUAAUUCUUCUUUGAUUAAAGAAGACUCUUCUAACGUCAAAACUAGAGAGGACGGUUUUAAUCCGAUUUUAAAACGAAAAAGCGAUUUGACGGUUAAUAUUCCAAAGAGCGAAAGAAUUCUUUUAUUCAGACGCCGAACAAAAUCUAAAAAAAGCUAUCAGGAAGAAGAAAAUGAAGGAACAAAACACUGGACUAUCCAUGGGGCUAACAAUAAGGGGAGCACUCCUUGGAAGUACAAGCUGUUGAAAGCUUUUUCCACAAAUGGGGUUAAUAUGGUUGCUGCUGAUGGUGAAGGAAAAGGCAAGGGAUAUUAUUUUCUCAAAAAAGAGCUCCUUUCCAUCUAUCCUAGUUUAAUGAAAAUUUAUUAUUCUUUAUUUUUAUCUUCACCUUUCUUAUCUUCUCUGUAUCCUCUUGAUAAAUAUUCAAUUCUUUAA